CACGUGCUGGUGGUGGUUCCGGUUGGUGCAGUUGGUUCAGCGAGCGAGACUUCCAGGAUGGAUCAAGUGGUCCAAGAGGUGCACGAAAUUCAUGCGCAAACUGUGCUGACCAAGCGCAAGACAUAUGUCCACUCGAAGGUGGGUUCGACCGAGUACAAGGAACUUCUGGACGCCUUCAACAUUAAGGUGCAACCUGUGCGUAAAGCUGCUGCUAAGUGGGGUGAAGUCAAGGGGUUCACAUGGGACAUGAAACUCAGCGAGGAGAAGCAGAAAGAUGAAUAUCGCGAGUAUGUUGACAGCAACAUUGGCGAGCUUCUCCAGGAGGAGAAGCUUUGCGUGUUCGGUGUGGAAAAUACGACAGAUAUUCUCCGAGUUGUUGUCAACGGCUCCAACAUUGAGCUCCGGGGUCGCACCGAUCUUCUCAUACUCAGUGAUAUCGUCAUGGAGAGCGCGGAUUAUGCGCUGGACUUGCCUGAAGUGAAGAUGCUGAUUGAUGUGAAGAAAAAGGUUGAAAGACAAUCUGUCUUCCAGGCGAUGUCAGAGCUAAUUGCUCUGGCUCUGCUUGCCGACGACCCAGUGGUUGCACUGCUUACUGACUUCAACGGCGAUUGGCGAUUCUUCUGGGUCGCCGGGAAGGAAAACAAUACCACUUGCGUCAACAAAGUGAACAUUACGAAUCCAGGUGAAGCUUUCGAGUUGAUCAGGCAGCUACUGAAGCCUACGGAUAUCAUGACCCCAGUGCUUCAAGACCCUGUGAAGCGCCAGAAGUUAUCCCGGGUGUUGCCGUCCAUCAGCGAGGCCAGUGAAAGUGGCGGGAUUCGUGAGAGCAUCGAACGAUACUAUGACAUCGCCAGUUGUUUAGGCCCCGACUUGGACAUGGCGCGUGCUGUGGCUAGACAGGUCACUCGAUCUAUUCCCACGUUGAGUUAUUUCAGCUAAUUCUUGCUUUGGCAUGCUGCAUUAAUAAUUUUUUUAUUCUGAUAUAUAAAGUUAGUAAUAUAUAAAGAUGAC